UGGUGACUUGGCCACUCGACCGAACUUCGUGAAGGCAGAGCCAUGCUAGAAUGCAGCUGCAGCUCUUGUUUCUGACAGCAGGAUGUCUUUGCGCGGUGCAAAGUGUCGAACCCUUGAAUGUUCAUGAUGAAUCUUGUUCGAUGCAGGCACACCAUGCUCUGGGCGAGUCAAGCAAGUGGCCCGACUCAUCUGUCAACUCCACUUUGCUCGACAGGCUUGUACUCAAAUCGAAGCAUCAAGCGGAAGUGCUCCCCGAGCCCGAGAACAGGCCAAGGCCCAUCUAUGUCCAGACCAUCACCAAUGGAAGUGCUCCCGUCAAGAACCAGACGAACGCUGGACAUGGUGGGAUUGUUCAGCGUGUGCAUUCUUUUCUUGACGCACGGCCAGAGGUAAAAGCAUUGCUGAAAGCUCUGUUGAUCUCUUGGAUUCUUGCUGGAUUGCUAGGCCUAUGUGCCGUUGCGGCUGGGAAAGCAAAAAUAUAUCCACCUUACAAAUACUUGUCCUGGCGGGAGAUAAAGGAAGAAGAGGCCUAUAUGGUCGGAUCCUCUACGAGGUUUUGGUACAAUUUGGAACCAGGAACAAGAUGGUCACUUUUUAUGGUACUGUUGUUUUUCCUCGUGAUCUUCGGCAUUUUGUGGAAAAUGGAAGUUAUUCAGCCUGUCAUGAACCAGCUUGCCUGCUACAUCUACGUGCUCCUCUUCUUUGGCAUCAUCCUUUCCGUGAUAAUCACAGACGUCCUGGGGAAGGUCAAGAGGCAGGCCCAGCAAUCUUUGGAGCCGGUCCUCAGGUUCGGCAAGAAACUGAUCAGAAAUUGA